AAAAAAUAUUAAAACAGUUCCUGUAGCUAAGAGAGAGUCCUUAAUUAAGGGAAUCAAGGACCAAGUCCUUAGUGUGCUGGCAAUUUAAUUUCCUUCCUUUUUGUCUCUGAUAAUUAGCAGAGCACAUCGUCUCGUUGAAUUCAUUCCAUAUAAUUUGAGCAUAAUCCAUCCUUCUUCAUCAAUCAUCAUCAUCAUCACCAAGCCAAAGCCGAAGGUACUACUCUCUCUCUCUUUCGCUCGUUUUUUUUUAAGAAUGAUGAGCAUCGAUGGGAAGUUGGAUGCUAUAACUCCUUCUGAAGAAAGAACUGAAGAUGAAGCAGAGAGAGGAAGAGAGGAAACGCAAGGAAGAGGAAAAAGCCAAACAAGGCAGCGCAGACGACAAAACCAAAGGAAAUUGAAACCAAGGUUCCGGAGAAGGACAUUCCAAAAGACAAUAAUUAGUUGUGUCUCAGAGAUGCAAGGAGCUUGGAAUCACCUCAAUGCACGUGAAGCUCCGUGCCACUCGUGGAAACAAGACCAAGACACCUGGUGCUGGUGCUCAGAGGAUGUUACUCCAAUCCCAAUAGACAGUACUCGCCGAAAGAGUGGUAGAAGAGGAAGGAGGCUCUGAGAGAUGUCCAUCAUCCAACAUCAUAACCAAAUCCAUAUCUUCAAUCAAUAUCCACCACUUUGGUUAGAUUUUCUGUCUCCCCUGCUUUUGUUUCACAUUCUCAUUAGUGACAUGAGCUUGAACCUUGUGUUGUUGACUUUAUUAUUUUUUUGGUGUUCAUAUAAAAGUUCCAAAGUUCUAGGAAAACUAUGCAUGGAUGUACACAUAUAUACACAUAAAAAUUCCAAAGUUCUAAGAUU